AUGUACAACCAGUGUUUAAUCAAGGUACCUUUCGGCAUAGAAACAAGAGACGAGCGGGGAGCGCGGCUGUCAGUUCACAUCAGCCGCAGCGGAGUUGUGCAGUUGACAGCACCUGAUCAGCCACAGAGGAGAUGUCAACACUUUAUUACCUUGAAUUUAUUAAUAAGUGAUAGCACUAUAGAAGAAAUAUUGCAACAACAAGAUAUUUGA